CCCUAAUAUUUUCCCUGAAGUUGAAAACGAAUUGUCAUGUUCAAGCUGGCAACCUGCACUAAGUAGUGGGUGAAACUUUCAGUCUUACUAUAAGGACCAUCCAUCGAUGUGUAUGAUUUAAAAUAUUGAAGUUUUAAAAUGUUUAAAAACUUGUUUUCUGAAAGUGAACUUGGCAUUUUAGUUCAUUUGAUAGUUUAUAUUCUAAAAAAAAGUGAAGAACAUUCUGAGAGUCAUUCAGCCGACUUUUUCAUCUACAGAACUGGAUGUUCAUCUUGAGAGCAGGUGGAUGUGAUCUGCUGUAAUUCAGUAGGAACUGAUCUGUCCAUGCUGGAUUUUGAUGAUUUCAUCACAGAAAUCUCUCAGCUGAAGAAAGAGGUGACGUCACUGAAGACAAAACUGAUGGAGAGAGACGACAGGUUACAGGAACUGGAGAAGGUUUCCUGUCAAUCUUCAGUGUGUGUGACUGAUGGGACCUCCACAGAAUGUCAGGAUUCAGUGUGGAGCGGCAGAGAUCAGGCCACACCACAGCGACUGCUGGACAAACUCUCUGAACAGAGAUCCAGAGACACACAGGACUCACAGCUCACUUUACUCUGUUCUACUGACGGUAAUCAGGGUGAUCAAACCUCCACAGAGUCUCGGACUUCUGUCUGUAAUGCUGGAGAACAACAGAUGCUGCAGAUACCAGUGAAGAUCGAAGUGAAGCAGGAGGAGAUAAAAGAAGAGGAGCAACAGAGUAAUGAAGAUGAUGAUCAAACCUCCACAGAGUCUCUGACUUCUGUCUGUAACGCUGGAGAACAGCAGAUGCUGAUGACACCAGUGAAGAUUGAAGUGAAGCAGGAGGAGAUAAAAGUAGAGGAACAACAGAGUAAUGAUGGUGAAGAUCAAACCUCCACAGAGUCUCUGACUUCUGUCUGUAACGCUGGAGAACAGCAAAUGCUGCAGAUACCAGUGAAGAUGUGUUCAGUGACGCUGCUGGACUGCAGGAACCUGAUGAAGAUAAGAGGAGAAAUCAAAGUAGAGGAACAACAGAGUAAUGAAGAUGAUGGUGAUCAAACCUCCACAGAGUCUCUGACUUCUGUCUGUAACACUGGAGAACAGCAGAUGCUGCAGAUACCAGUGAAGAUUGAAGUGAAGCAGGAGGUAAAAGAAGAAAACAUAGCAGAGGAACAACAGAGUAAGGAGAAUGAUGACAAUCAAAUCUACACAGAGUCUCUGACUUCUGUCUGUAACGCUGAAGAACAGCAGAUGCUGAUGACACCAGUGAAGAUCGAAGUGAAGCAGGAGGAGAUAAAAGAAGAAAACACAACAGAGGAACAACAGAGAGAUGAAGAUGAUUAUGUUUCUUCAGAGCUGAUGGAAGCGAAAGAGAAAUGUCAAGAACUGAAUAAAGUGGAGGACCAACAUCAGUGUCAGAAACAUCAUGAUUUUAUAACCGGAAAAAAAUCUUUGAGUUGCUCAAAGACUAAGAAGAAUUUUUCACCAGAAAAGUAUGAAAGAAGAGCAGCCAAAAAUACUUUCACCUGCUCACAGUGUGGAAAGAUUUUCACAAGUAAAUGCCGGUUUAAUAAACACAUGAAAAUUCAUAUUGGAGAGAAACCUUACACGUGCCAUCAGUGUGGGAAAGGUUUUGCAUAUACAGUUUAUCUCAAACGUCAUCUCGACUGUCACUCUGGAGUGAGACCAUUUGAAUGUGAAAAGUGUGGUAAAACAUUUGUUUUGAAUUCAAGCCUAAGAAAACAUCUGAAAACUCACACAGAUGAGAAGCCUUAUAAGUGUUCUUUUUGUGCAAACCGUUUUGCACGCCUGUCCUUUUUGAAAAAGCACCAGAAAAUACAUACCGGUGUGGGGGCUCAUAUGUGUUUUGAAUGUGGGAAGACCUUUAUUUCAGCCGGCAGCAUGAAACAGCACCAAAGAAUUCAUGCUGGAGAAAAACCAUACAAGUGCUCACACUGUGGAAAGAGUUUCACUCAGUUACAACACCUGAAAACACACAAGAGAAUUCAUACUGGAGAAAAACCUUACAAGUGCUCACACUGUGGAAAGAGUUUCGCACUGUCACAAAACCUGAAAACACACGAGAGAAUUCAUACUGGAGAAAAACCUUACAAGUGCUCACACUGUGGAAAGAGUUUCACUUGGUUAAAUUACUGGAAAACACACGAAAGAAUUCAUACUGGAGAAAAACCUUACAAGUGCUCACACUGUGAAAAGAGUUUCACUUGGUUAAAGUACCUGAAAACACAUGAGAUAUCUCAUACUGGAGAAAAACCUUACAAGUGCUCUCACUGUGAAAAGAGUUUCACUCUUUCACAAAACCUGAAAACACAUGAGAGAAUUCAUACUGGAGAAAAACCUUAUAAGUGCUCACACUGUGAAAAGAGUUUCACUCGUUUACAAGAGCUGAAAAAACACGAGAGAAUUCAUACUGGAGAAAAACCUUAUAAGUGCUCACACUGUAAAAAGAGUUUCACUCAGUCAUAUAACCUGAAAACACACGAGAGAAUUCAUACUGGAGAAAAACCUUACAAGUGCUCACACUGUGAAAAGAGUUUCACUCAGUCACAAAACCUGAAAACACAUGAGAGAAUUCAUACUGGAGAAAAACCUUACAAGUGCUCACACUGUGAAAAGAGUUUCACUCUUUCACAAGACCUGAAAACACACGAGAGAAUUCAUACUGGAGAAAAACCUUACAAGUGCUCACACUGUGGAAAGAGUUUCACAUGUUCACAACACCUGAAAACACACGAGAGAAUUCAUACUGGAGAAAAACCUUACAAGUGCUCACACUGUGAAAAGAGUUUCACUCAUUCACAAGGCCUGAAAAAUCAUGAGAGAAUUCAUACUGGAGAAAAACCUUACAAGUGCUCACACUGUGAAAAGAGAUUCACUCAUUCACAAGGCCUGAAAAAACAUGAGAGAAUUCAUACUGGAGAAAAACCUUACAAGUGCUCACACUGUGAAAAUAGUUUCGCUCUGUCACAAGACCUGAAAAAACACGAGAGAAUUCAUACUGGAGAAAAACCUUACAAAUGCUCACACUGUGGAAAGAGUUUCACUCAGUUACGUUACCUGAAAAAACAUGAGAGAAUUCAUACUGGAGAAAAACCUUACAAGUGCUCACAAUGUGGAAAGAGUUUCAAUCAGUCAUAUAACUUGAAAAAACACAAGAGAAUUCAUACUGGAGAAAAACCUUACAAGUGCUCACAUUGUGGAAAGAGUUUCACUCAAUCAUAUAACCUGAAAACACAUGAGAGAAUUCAUACUGGAGAAAAACCUUACAAGUGCUCCCACUGUGAAAAGAGUUUCACUCAUUCUCAAGACCUGAAAACACACGAGAGAAUUCAUACUGGAGAGAAAUCAUACCACUGCUCUUCAUGUGGGAAAAAUUUCAGGGCAGCAAGUAAUCUACAUAGACAUCUAAGAUUUCAUACCGGAGAAAAACCUUUCAAGUGCUCACACUGUGGAAAGAGUUUCACUAAGUCACAAGACCUGAAAAUACACAAGAGAUUUCAUACUGGAGAAAAACCUUUCAAGUGCUCUCACUGUGAAAAGAGUUUCACUCUGUCUCAUCACCUGAAAACACACGAGAGAAUUCAUACUGGAGAAAAACCUUACAAGUGCUCACACUGUGGAAAGAGGUUCACUCAGUCCCAUCACCUGAAAUCACACGAGAGAAUCCAUACCGGAGAAAAACCUUACAAGUGUUCACACUGUGGAAAGAGUUUCACUCAGUCAAAAGACCUGAAAUCACAUGAGAGAAUCCAUACUGGAGAAAAACCUUACAAGUGCUCACACUGUGAAAAGAGUUACACUCAGUCACGUAACCUGAAAUCACAUGCGAGAAUCCAUACUGGAGAAAAACCAUACAAGUGCUCACACUGUGAAAAGAGUUUCACUUGGUCCCAAGACCUAAAAAAACACAAGAGAAUCCAUACUGGAGAAAAACCAUACAAGUGCUCACACUGUGAAAAGAGUUUCACUCUGUCACAAAACCUGAAAGCACACAAGAGAAUUCAUACUGGAGAAAAACCUUACAAGUGCUCACACUGUGAAAAGAGUUUCACUCUGUCACAAAACCUGAAAGCACACGAGAGAAUUCAUACCGGAGAAAAACCUUACAAGUGCUCACACUGUGAAAAGAGUUUCACUCUGUCACAAAACCUGAAAGCACAUGAGAGAAUUCAUUCUGGAGAAAAAGUUUAUAAGUGCUCACACUGUGAAAAGAGUUUCACUUAUUCACAAAACCUGAAAAAACAUGAGAGCAUUCAUACUGGAAAUAAUCCUUACAAGUGCUCACUGUGGAAAGAGUUUCACAUGGAUACAUUACCUGAAAACACGAGAGAAUCCAUACUGGAGAAAAACCGUACAAGUGCUCUUCAUGUGGGAAAAUUUUCUACAUAGACAUGAAAAAAAAAGAAUUGCUGAGCAAAAGUAAUCUUUAGGUCCAACAAGAUUAAGUAAAUACAGUCAGGUCCAUAAAUAUUGGGACAUCGACACAAUUCUAAUCUUUUUGGCUCUAUACACCACCACAUUGGAUUUGAAAUGAAACGAAUAA